AUAAUCUGAUAAUUGAACAAUUCAAUGUACAACAAUUUUUUUAAUUUAUAACAGGGUUUUCAGUGAAUGUUCUUAUUGUAUUACACAGGAAUACACAUAACUAUAUAUUGGGGAACAAAUAAUAAAGAACUCCACUAUCUGACAACCGAGCCCCUGUGGCACAGAUACAAUAAAUUCCAGUGUCCGUGGUUUCAUACGCCAAAUUUUUACAGUUCAAAGCCCCGACUUUUAUCCAGUUCUAAGACGAAUUUUUCGUUAACCAGUCCAAUGGUUUGCUCUGACCUACUUUAAGGGGUUAAUAGGCCUAUUCCAUGACGUAGAGGAAAAUAAACACUGCAGACGCAUUUUAGCCAGAUAACAAUGUCGCUCUCGGCUGUGUCCCGUGUGUUUUGUCGAUCAGCUUUUCGAUUUCAACAGAUCAACAAACUCAGGAAUGUCCAUGCGGUCAACAAAGUCUCGAUCUGCAAUACACAACCAUUUCGUAGGACGUCCACUUGUCGCUUUUACUCAACUGAAGUGGAGUCGGAUGACCCACGGACAUUCACUGAUACCGAGUGGGAGAAGCGCCUCACCCCUGAGCAGUACAGUGUGACCCGAGAGAGAAAGACCGAGGAGCCUUUCAGUGGAAAUUAUUUGAAUCAUUUUGAAAAAGGCACGUACCACUGUGUAUGCUGUGACACGGAACUCUUCAGUUCUGAUGCCAAGUACGACUCACACUGUGGUUGGCCGUCAUUCACCGAGGCUUACGGAACCAAAAAUGGAGACGAAUCAACGUCCCAUAUCUUACGUCGACCGGACAACAGCAUUGGAAUGAUUCGCACAGAAGUUAUUUGUAAAAACUGUGAUGCCCAUCUAGGUCAUGUGUUCGAUGACGGUCCCGAGCCCACUAGACAGAGGUUUUGUAUCAAUAGUCUCUCUCUUAAGUUCAAGUCCUACAGACCGUAAAGUGAAAUAUCGCUGUGUGCCUAACCCAGAUAACUCCGUAUCUAUCCAACGGUGGCCAAAACAUGAAAUACCUACUCUUUUAACAAUCAGUGGGUUUUUUUUUGGGGGGGGGGGGGGGGAAUUGUUUUUAGACACAGAAACUAUCUUUAAAGUUGAUUUCUUUGUAUCUUACCAAAAAAUUGUAAUAAUUUACACUACUUGUAAACUAAGUAAUUUCUGGCUCUGGAAAAAGUGGGGUUUUUUUGUAAUACAACCAUAUACAGUAAAAUACAUGCAGGUCUGUAUUUUGUAUGUUGAUCAUUAAUUAAUCUGUUUCACACGAAUCUCUCUUUAAAACACAGUUAUGUUCAAAGCUCAAAUCUGUAUUAUUUUUGUUUUGUUCAUUUUUUUUUAGGGUUUAUCAUUACAGAUUUGUUUUCUCAUAUCUGAGGAUUUGAUUUUUUGCAAGAAAAAUUUGUUAUUUUUACAUUUUGUUUUGAGAUAAUGUUGGUUUUACAAAUUUUAUAUUAGACACAUAACAGAUAUAUACCGGUAUUCCUGAUGCAAUCAAAAAUGGUUAGAUUAAAAUUCUAUACAGUUGUUUUCAGGAAGUCAAAUUACUGUGGUUGUGUUUUUUUAUGUGACUUAUGUAGAGCAGUAUAUGUUACUGGUAAUACUUUUAAUUAUUUCAAGUUUUCAUUUCUUAAAUUGAAAUAUUUUCAUUUCAAUCAAGGGGAAAGGGUUCCAUAUCUCUUUAAUAGGCAAGUACGUGUGAUAGUUUUCUGGAUAUAAAACCAAAAUAUAUCCAUUUUAAGUUGUGGAACUUGAAAAAGGAGAGACCUAUGGAAUUAAACAUGUCAUAUUGACUACAGUUUAUUGUGGAAGUUGUGUCAAAAGGCCACAUACAGCAUUAUUUACAAAUACAUUUUGUUAUAAUAAUAGAGGAGAUGGAAGAUAUUUGAUCUUUUAUAGGAGGAAUUGUCAAAGAUGCUACUGAAAGAAAUAAGUAUUGUGCAUCUUUUACAAACCACAAACAAGUAGUAAGAGGGAUACCCAUAGAAUGGAUGAUGUAACAAUUAAAUACAUCUGUGGGACGGUCAGGGAAUUUCUCGAGUUUGACCUUGAUAUUUUUGCUACAAGCCCAAGUCAAAACUGUAAAAAAAAAAUUUUGCAAAGUAUAUAGAACCAUUUUAACUAGGCCUUGGACUUUCUGUAGGACGUAGCUAUCAUUUCUUGCGUCAAAACAUGUUAAAAAUGACGCUGGAUUGAAGUUAAAUAUGCACCAAUUGGGUAGUCUUAGUUCAGAAACCAGACAAAUUGUCUUGAUUUCAAUUAGCUUUCACUGAGUGGGCAGCAAUGAAAUAGACAGGCAUACGUCACAUUGCUGUUUGACACAACUACCCAAAGUCCAAGCUCUUGUUAUAAUGGUUCUACAUGUACUUAUAUGUACAGAAUGUUCUGUUGUAUAUGUAAGUUACAUGUAAUACAAAUGUUAUGUGGUAAGGUUUUGAAUUUUUUAUUUUGGGAGGGGGAAUAGGAGAAAAGAAGAUUUAUUUAAUUUUGUGUGUGGGUUUUUUUUUAUUAUAUUAUAAUUAUUUUUUUUUUUUUAUAUAAAAUUGCAAUUUCUUGUGCCAUUUUGUUUUUUUUCAAAUGCCAGAAUUGAUGGUGCUGUGUUUGAAUAAAGUGGUGUAUUGAGUAGGAUUAAAUAAUUAAUUGAAAUUUUUAAUUACCAACUCUAAAUUGAUAUACCUUGUGUGCUAGUCUUCUUUAUGUUUUUUUUUUAAAUGAGCCAUUAUCUUUACCUUUUUCAUGUAAACCAUGUUUAGUGCAUGAUAGAGGUGCCAUUUAGUUUACGGGGUUUCCUAAUGCUUAAGUUUCAAUGUUUUACAUGUCAAGUGCUCAUUCUCUCCAACUUGUCAAAGUAAAAACAUCUGUCUUGUAUUGUGUGCCAGGAUUAUUUGUUUUACUGGAUGUAUACAUUUUACUCCGAGUGCCCUAGUUUUCAGACAGUCUGAUGAAGAAUUAUUAGUUAGUGAUCUGAGCUCUCUAUUCCUCCUUUUUUGUGUUGUGUAUAUUUUGUUUUGCAUUUAUAAUGUCUAAUGUCUAUAAGUUUAAAAUGCUGGAAAAUUACACUAAAAAAUCCAUAUUUGUUUAUUUUGAUUAUCUGAAAAUGACUCAUACAUGUACCACAAUAACAAAAAGAUAUGUAUAAAGAAUGGGGAAAACCAUAAAAAGGCUAUGGUAAUAUAGGCAACAUUUUUGAAGCAAUAGAAUUAACUAUUUUUUUGUAGAAAUUGAGCUUAAUUCUAGUAUGCAUAGCCUGUGUUUGAUUAUUUUUAGACAUAGAGAAUAUUUAACAUGUUUUGGAAAGUUCAUGAAAUACUACCAUGGUGUAAAUUUUUUUUAGUUUAUAUAAUUUGUGUGAUUUUAUGAAUAAAAUGUCAAUCUACCAGUCCAUAUUAUUUAUGAAUUUAUGAAUUGUGUUGUGAUUUAUUUCUCCAUAGCUUUCCUUGUGGCAAAAAAGAUAGUGUAUCAAAUACAGAGUGCAUAUUGUCAAGCUUUUUUGGGGUUAAACAUGUUUUAUUGUAAAGAUGGUAUAUACAAAAGGAUCGGGCACAAGUUCUGCAAACUUAAAACGCCGUCUCCUGUGAAAUUUUGACACAAAAUAUACUCUAUGACGAAAACAUGACAAUAUCGUAGAUCAUAAUAAAAUUCCAUCAUUGAAGUUAUACCAAAGUAAAUAAUCGACAAAUAGGAAAUAAAAAUUAUAAUAAGGUUUUGUAUCUAAUUUAUACAUGUUAAAACCGUAUAUAUCUCUUUAAAAAUAGCUGAAACGUUAAAAAAUAAAUUUUCAUUUUCUGCAAUACUGAUAGAGUUAUCUCCCCAUAACAAAACGUUAGUGGCGAUAACAUGUAAAUUUUCUAUUCUAAAGAUAAGAUUGUCAAUUUGAAUAAAUCAUUUAGUGGAAUAUUAUAUUUUGCACAAGAAAAAAAUUUGAUACGCAUCUUUUACUUUUCCACAUGAACAUAAAGGACUAUCGAUGAUUUUUCAUCUAUAUAAAACAAUUACUGUAUGUUGAAGUCUAGUGUGAAUUACAUUUCCGUAACGUUCUCCAUAUGAUGGAGGUUGUGAUUAUGGAAGACAGAAAACCUUUCUUAAAAGAUUUUAAUGUUGGCAAGUUUCUUAUUUUUAAAGGUAUAUGUACCAUUCCACAAAUCUAUGGCUGUUGGAACAACAGAUGAUUUAAAUAAAUGUAAAGUUUUA